AUGGGCCAAAGCCAAUCGACUGCCCAGUCGGGCACGGCGACUGCUGCGAAGAAAGACUACUAUGAACUUCUUGAGAUUGAACAAAAUGCGUCGUCGGAAGAGAUAAAAAAGGCCUACAGAAGGAAAGCGCUCGACCUACAUCCCGAUAGGAACUUUGGGAAUGUAGAAGCGGCGACCAACCUCUUUGCGGAAAUCCAGUCCGCCUACGAGGUGCUCUCAGAUCCCCACGAGCGAUCGUGGUAUGACUCCCACCGCGAUGCGUUCCUAGGAGGAGGCGGCGACUGUUCAGUAAGCGACACCGCCGAUAUUCUCAAACUGUUUUCAAAGUUCAGUCCCCGGAUGGAGUUUUCCGAUGCGCUCAACGGGUUCUACGGUGGCCUCCGUGAGACUUUCGCCCAGCUUGCGCUCGAGGAAGAAACCGCUGGCUGCGACUUCAAAUAUCCAUCGUUUGGAUUUCGUAAUGAUGAGAAUGUGCGCGACUUUUAUGCUACAUGGAGCAGUUUCUCGACUAAAAAGUCUUUCUCGUGGAAAGACGCCUACCGGUACUCGGAGGCUCCAGAUCGCCGAGUCCGUCGUAUGAUGGAGAAGGAAAAUAAACGUUUGCGAGAAGGGGCAGUUCGCGAGUACAAUGACGCUGUUCGGUCCCUGGUGGCUUUUGUCAAGAAGCGAGACCCACGCUACAAAUCCUAUAGGGAUGGCUUAACGCAACAACGCGAGGCUCUUCGCCAAUCUGCCGCUUCUCAGGCAACGAGGUCACGAGCAGCAAACCAGGCAAGAUUACGAGACCAUGUCCUUCAAGACUGGGCAAGACCUGAAGAACCUGAGGAAAAUGAGGCAGAAAGUUCCGAUGAAGGUGAGACAGAGCAUAUCGAAUGCAUCGCGUGCCGCAAGACUUUCAAAAGCCAGAACCAAUUCCAGGCUCAUGAACGUAGUAAAAAGCACAUAAAAGCCGUGAAACAGCUUCGGCGAGAGAUGAAGAUGCAGCAUGACGAACUUGAUCUGGGGAGUGGUGAAUUGCAAAAACCGGACGAUUUGCGAGCAGACGACCCUUAUCCAGCCUUGCCCGAUGAGGAUGACGAAACGCAUGAAGGUGACGAACCUGUCGCUGACCCCAGCCCAGCUUCAGUCAAUUUGCCUGAUCAGGAUGGCGAGACUCGAGGUGACGGACCUGCCGACCCCAAUUCUGCUUCUGACUCGGCCGACUACGUACCCAGAGAUGUUCUGAAACAAAGAAUUUCUUCUCCCACACCAGACAGCGUUGAUGGUUUGCUUCAAAAGUUGUCAGCGUCGGACUUGCGGGACCGUGUAACACCCAAGAAAAUAGGCAAGGCAAAGCAAAAGCGUGCUAAAAAAGCCCAACUCCUGCAUGAAUCUCAAAUGGAAUGCAGUCUUUGCAAUGCUUCCUUUGCAUCCCGGAAUAAGCUUUUCUCGCAUAUAAAAUCGCAUCACCAGCGCUAG